UUUCAUUUUUGCAGCAUCACAACAUUAUGCAUCAGUUCUCGUUUGUUUAUUGCAUGUCAGCUUUAAUUAUAUAUACUUAUGAGUAUGUUAUUCCCUAUUAUAGUUAACUAUUAUGCAUACUAUCAAUAAUAACGCAGUUGUUUUAAUAUUAUAUUGAUUUAUUAAUCUAUGUAUUGUUUACUAUAAGUAUCAUCAGGGUUCAUAUGUGUGCGCGUUUGUCGUCUGUCUGGCGAGGCGACGUGACGCCGCGGUGCGCGUUAAAGCGGGACGCGCGUUUUAAAGGGCUCGCGGUGCUGAAUCAUCACGAUCGGGUCAUUCCGCUCAAAACCCCGCCACACACACACACACACACACACAGAGAGCCAUGAUGACAGCGAGCAGACAAAGAGCUCAUCGAUACACACUCACACACCCCGAUCCGUGAUCACUCGCCGGUUCUGAUCGGCUCUCAUCGGCUCUGAUCGUCGCUUUCGAUUUGAAACGUUUGCAGAAAUCAGCAGGAUUCGGCUCGCGUUAUAUUUAGAGAGUGUGCGUGUGUGUGUGUGUGUGUGUGUGUGUGUGUGAGUGAGUGAGUGAGUGUGUGUCUCCUCUAGUCAGCCAGAGGUUACACAGCAACACAAACGCGCGGAUCUGUGAGGAACCGAACCUGCUGGUUCAUCGGAACCGUCUGCGCUGGAACCGGAUCGAGAUCUGCGUGGCUUGGCAGCGGUUCCUCGUGGCAUGACGACCACUAACAAAGGAAACAAGGCCUUGAAGGUGAAGAGGGAGCCCGGCGAGAACGGGACGAGCCUGACGGACGAUGAGCUGGUGUCCAUGACGGUCCGCGAGCUCAACCAGCACCUGCGCGGCCUGUCCAAAGAAGAGAUCCUUCAGCUGAAGCAGCGCCGGCGGACGCUGAAGAACCGGGGCUACGCCGCCAGCUGCCGCGUCAAGCGCGUCACGCAGAAGGAGGAGCUUGAGAGGCAGAAGGCGGAGCUUCAGCAGGAAGUGGAGAAGCUGGCUUCGGAGAACGCCAGCAUGAAAGUGGAGCUGGAUGCACUGCGCUCCAAAUACGAGGCUCUGCAGAGCUUCGCCAGAACUGUGGCCCGAGGGCCCGUGGCCCCGGUUUGUAACGCGGCCGUCCCCGUCUCCCCCCGAGGGCACUUGGCCUCCGUCAUCGGGCCCCUCGUUCCCGGGAAGGUGGGAGCCACCAGUGUUAUCACGAUAGUUAAAUCGAAGACCGAUGCGAGGUCUUAGUAGUGCACAGAUUGGACGGGUUGGUCAGUGCAUGAGGGUUUAGGUGCGGGAUGCUCCGCUUCACAGCCCUUCGGUACUCUCUAAUGUGGGCUUUUUCUGGGUUACAAAAGAAGGAAAGCACAUCUAGGACGGUCAAUUCACUUGGGCUUCCAAAACGAUCUCCAAAUUGCUAAACUCGAAUCUAAAACCAUGCAGCCAAAUUUUCCUGGUGGAUGUGUGUUGUAUUGCUGUGAGAUUUGUAAUUUUGUACAAACAUCGGCGACUUUGUAUCGUGCGUUUCACAUGAGGUCCAAGUGCUUUCUUUGUCAUUGUAAUAUUGUACUUUUUAUACAGCGUUUGUGUUGAUUUUCUCUUCGGAUGUGCUGUUUCGCCAUUUUUCCGUCCUUUGGUUUUAACGGACUGCAGGCACAAAACACUUUAAACCGUUCGGACUUCCAAUCUCUUCUGGAGAGUAUCAGCCAAUGAGAAGCUCCCUUUACCUGAGCCUCAUUUAUGCACUGACCAAUCGCUGACGGGCAGGAGGAGAAGAGGCGGAGUCAAAUCAGCUGAUGUUGUUCAUAUGGUAGCUAUCAGAAUAUCUGCCACCAGUUUAUGCGCUCCGGUCGUCCGUUUCAGGACAGGAGAUAGUUUUUAUUGGCAAGGCAAUAACAUGUUUAUGUUAUGCGACGUAUUGUGUUGUUUAUUUCAUGUUGUGUGACCCUCACGCUGAAGGUUAUCAUGUCUCUCGUUGUCUGUAAAUCCAGAGACUUUUUUAUUUUUUGUGUGUGUGUGUGUGUGUGUGUGUGUUCUGUGCCAGUUUUGGGACUUAAAACAAGAAGAAAAAAAAUCCAAGUUUCUGUUUUUGAAGGACGGACUGUUGGGUGACAUAAACUGGUGAAUCUCACAAGCUUUACCAUAACUUUGUUGCUGUGAAAUUUGCGUAACGUAUUCUAAGAAUCUUUGUCUCUAUGGUGGAGUCUUGAAUUUUAUAUAUAUAUAUAAAAAAAAAAAAAAUGACAGAGUAUCUUGCAUUAUUUAUAAAACAUUUAAAAAAGAACUAUAAAGUUGUUUGAUAGCUCUCUUUUUUGCAAUUGUACCAAAAGUGGCUUAACUAUUGAAGUCAAUAGCUUUUUCUAGUGACUAGGCGCGUCAAACUGUGGACUAGCGCGUGUGGUGUGAUUUGUACUGGUGAGGUGGCGGUGUUGUUUACGAUGUGGAUGUGAUGCUCUUAUCUUCUGAUUUCAGACAAACGCGCGCGACGAGCGCCGCUUACCCAGAAUCCCCUCUGAGCGUUUGCGCGCUCCAUGUUUAAGUGGAUGGGAUGCAAACGCGAGCGCAGGGAUGCAUGGGACGCGGCCACGUUGCUUGCGUUUGAGUCCUUUUAUGUGACGUGUGAUUUUUACAUAUUUUUUGGUGUAAAACGUUUCUAUGGUAUAUUAUAUUUGUUGUUGUUUUUUUCUUCUUUUUGGGGUUGUUUUCUUUAAAUGCCAGGGAAGUGACUCUGUCUGCACUGGGUUAAACCAGCGAUGUGCUCCUGCUGCUCUUCAUGCUGCGACGCUGCUUGAAAUAUUACUUUUCUCAACCUUUAAAACUUAGAAAGAGCUGUCCAAAAUGUUUCAGGACGCUAUCCUUUUUUUUUUUUUGGCGAAAUUGUUUGUCCGUUAAGAAAAGAAGUAAAACUCAGAGCUGUUGUAAUGCUGCGUUCACGUCUCUUCAGAAUUACUGUAAUUAUGUUACAGUUCGUAGAUGCUGUCCGUCCUCUGAAAUUGUUACGAUUGCAAUGCACAUAAUGCUAAAAAAAUCAAUCAAUCAGUGUUUCUAGUUAAAUUACAGAAACACCUGAACACACUUGAAAACACUUGUUUUCCUGCCAAACACUGAUCUUCCUCAGACUUACAAAACAUAUAAAAGUAUUAAUAAUUAAUAAAAUUUAAACACAUUUGCAAAAAUUCACAUUCACCAAAAAUAUAUAUAUAUAUAUAAAAAAUCAAAAUAAAAAAUGAUUUAUUACUUCCAGCUGAUUGUACUCUGUUUAAAUGAUGUUGUGUGUUUUGUAAGCCUGAGCAAGGUCGAUCGACCAUUUCUCUGAUUAUGCAAACUUGAGUAUUGUGCAGGAUUUAUAUAUUUUUUAAUUUAUAAUGCAUGCUAAAAUGAAUCUAUGUGUUGCUUUGUUGUUGUGGUUGCAAAGGGGUGGAAAAUUUCCUGUAAAUUUUCCAAAACAAUCCCGGAAAGCUUCUGGAAAUGUUCUGCUCUUUUGCAACUUUAGUUGUUGAUGAGCGUGAAAUACUCCAUCAAUACGCUGAUUUUUAGCAUCGUAAGCGCACGACUAGCAUCUAAAUGUGUUGCAGAAUCUUCCAUUUCGCCUCGUCACACAAUCUUUUGUAAAGAUGUGAUGUUUGUGACUCAGAAGCUGAUAUUUGCGGUAAUAUUCACGAUAUGAUGUGAACGCAGCAUUAAUGCUCUGAAACGUGAUUUAUUACAGCACAAGGUUCUUGAUCUUUUAGUCUAAUCUUGCGACAAUCUGAACAGACGUGAUUUCUGGUCUGGUCCGCACUGAUCUGGCAUUUUAAGAACGGAUUCGUUUUAGGUAUAUUUGUGCGACAGGAUUUGUUUUUAUUUCUCGAUGUAAAUCAACAGAAAUAUCUUCCUCUGACUGGCUAAUCUGUGAAAUCGUUUCGUAACCAAGUCUUCGGCAUUGCUUUCGUAACCAAUGGUAGCGUUUCUCCUAUCGGCUGUGGCGGUUUUGUGGCGUUUCUAUAAGCGAUGUAUCGAACGGUUUUGAAGACAAAAAAAAUUCUAGCUUCCUCGCAAACGAUGAUGAUGAUGAUGUGAUUGUCGUUGACGUGUCGGUGUGUCAGGUAGCACUACUGCCCAAUAAUGACGCUCCUGAUCCUCUGAUCAAUCUCUCUUCCACGAGGAGCGGCUCGUUAGCGUUUGUUGUCGUUAUGGUCGUCGUGGUGACUUGGUGUUAAAAGUGAACUAUAUGCAAAUAAGCUGGCGGUAGGGAGGGGUCACGACCUCUCGGUAGGAAUGUAGUUUUCUGUCCUUGAAGUUGUCGUCCGUGAAUAAUCGCAGCGAUUGACGAGCGCUAGAUUUACUCUGAAACCGAGCGUUUAGUUUCCCUGUUAGAAACAGUGCCGCGUCCCACGGCAGAAAAUCAGUCUCUUACUGUAGAAUUAGAAAUAUUCACUUAAAUCUAGACACGUUUACUGUGAAAGAAAAAUGACUUGAUUUUGAUAUCUUUCAGAAAAUAAUAUAAUACGGUUAGAAAAAUCUUAAUUCAAAGGAAAAACAAGAUCAUUUUUCUGACCCCAAUGGCUGAUUUUUGUCUUGUUUUAAACAAACUCACUAAAGAUUUUGAGUCUCAUUUUAUUUUUUUUUACUAUGAACUAAAGUGGAUUUUUCUGACUUCAUUGGCAGAUUUUUUUCAUGUUUUAUGAAUUAAAUUUUGAUGCAUUUUUCAGAAAACAGGGCUCCAAAUCUUAAAUGAGUUCAUGCUUACAACAAGAAAAAUUAAGGUUAAACUCUUAAUUUUGAAACUUUUUUUUUUUUUUUAAUAAAAUGAGACUUAAAAUCUUAAGCAAGUUUAUAAUUAAAACAAGAACAAUUAGAAAAAUCAACUUAAUUCAUUUUUCAUUCCCAUUUGGCAGAUAUUUUAUCUUGUUUUAAGCAUAAAAUCACUUAAUUUUGAUACAUUUUUUAGAAAAUAAGAUCUAAAAUCUUAAUGGAGUUUAUGCAUUUUUCAGAAAAUAAGACUAAAGAACUUCAGUGAGUUUCUGUUUAAAACAAGAACACACAUGUCAGCAGGGUUAUAAAAAUAAACCUUAUUCAAAAACAAACAAAGCUAAAUAUUUGACAGAUUUUUUUCUUGUUUUAUGCAUAAACUCACUUAAUUUGGAUGCAUUUCUCAGAAAACAGUUCCAAAUCUUAAGUGACUUCAUGCUUAAAACAGGAAAAAAUAAGGUCAAACUCUCUUAAUUGCGAUAGCUUUUAUUAAAAAAUAAAAUGAGACUUAAAAUCUUUAGCGAGAAAAAUCAGCCAUUGGGGUCAGAAAAAUCAUCUUGUUUUUUCUAUGAAUUAAGUAGAUUUUUCUGACUUCAUUGGCAUAUUUAUUUAUUUAUUUUUUCAGCAUAAACUCACUUUUGAAAGCAUUUUUCAGAAAACCUAAUCUUAAAACCUUAAAACCUUAUUUUUAGCACAAACUCAUCUAAUUGCUACUUUUAUUUUUUUUUAUUGAUUUCAUAAUUAAGAACAAGAAAACAAAUCUCUCAGUGCAGUCAGAAAAAUCAUCUUGUUUUUCCAUCGAAAUGUUUAUUUCUCUGACUUUAAUUGUUUUAAUCAAACUCACUCCAUUUUUCAGACUUAAUAUCUGAAUUCAUUUUGCAUCUCAAGUAAAUGCACGUUGAUUUAAGGAUGUUUAGACUAGAUUUUCCUGCAAAACAAGACAGAAAUACAGCGGAAGAGCAUUUUUUGCAGUGCACACACACACACACACACACACACACGCGUCUGAAUCUCUGCUGAUGGGCUUUUAAUGAAUCCGUCGCAGGUUUAAGACGGAUUCACAGUCGACUGACUUUACCUCUGAAUCGCCGGCUUUGUCCUACUUCUCCCACAUUAUCUUGACUUUUAUUCGUUCUUGUCACGGCCCGAUGUGUUUCUGCUCUUUCUCUCUCGUGGGACGCGCAUUAAGACAAGUUUCAUUUCAGGUAGAAGAAAAACGAGUCUAGGAUCUUCAAAGAGACCGGUUUCAGUCAUUAGCUGCUAAACGGAUGGCUUUCGGUGACUUUUCCUCGACUCGGAUCGAUGAAACGAGGAAAGAGCCCUAUUUAUGUUCUCUGUAGGUGAAAUAACAUGAUUUUAGACGCACUUCGGCUUCUUAAUAUUGUCGAAUCGAACCCCCCCCCCCCCCACCCCCUUUUAUGACUCAAAAAGCUCUUUGGACUCGGUCAGAAAUGUCAAACUAUAAAUUGCUGUGGAUUAUUAUUUGUUUUUGUCUAAAAAAAAAAGAAAAUGAUUUGUUCUGUUGUUUUUCUGUAUGGGGUGUAUUAAAUUAAGAUAUCAUAGUUCUUUGUAUGAGAAAUAUAGAUACCGUGAAAGUCCAUUUAAUUGUAAGUAUUUAUCAACUAAGUUAUUGUACUUUUGCAAUUUGUAGAUAAGUAAUAUAAUGUAUUGGUAUAUAACGAUGAAAUUAACUGUCUGGGGCGUCUUUAAUUUAUUGAUGUAUAUACUGUAUGUUUGUUGAUAUACAGCUUACUUUAUUUUGUAUAUGACUAAUAAAUACAUUUUGAAAAACA